CGUAGGAGGUCACCCGAUGGGCAGAAUGUAGCAGCUGGGCCGGCGCGUCGCUUUGAUGACGUAUUGGCCUGGGAUAUCGUUAGUGACGCCGGACUAAAGCUGGGGGGGCCCCGAAAGAUCGCGAAGGUGGACCAGGCAAGAGCUUUGCGUGUGAGUUUGAGGACCGUCGCCUAUGAGAUUCUUCUGUCGCCGGCUGUAACAUUUUGAUGCCUGCCUCUGAGGCCCUCCCCCAUCCCCACUAUGCCAGCUGCAACGGUGGACCACAGCCAGCGGAUCUGCGAAGUCUGGGCCUUCAACCUGGAUGAACAGAUGAGAAGAAUCCGCCAAGUUAUACGCAAGUAUAAUUAUGUUGCAAUGGACACAGAGUUUCCAGGGGUUGUUGCGAGACCAAUAGGGGAAUUCAGGAGCAAUGCUGACUAUCAAUACCAACUUUUGCGCUGCAACGUAGACUUACUAAAGAUCAUCCAACUGGGGCUGACGUUUAUGAAUGAACAAGGAGAAUACCCGCCGGGAACCUCAACAUGGCAGUUCAAUUUUAAAUUUAAUCUAACGGAAGACAUGUACGCGCAGGAUUCUAUAGAGCUGCUCACAACCUCUGGGAUCCAGUUUAAGAAGCAUGAAGAUGAAGGCAUCGAAACGCAGUACUUUGCGGAGUUGUUUAUGACCUCAGGAGUAGUGCUGUGUGAAGGCGUCAAGUGGCUCUCUUUUCAUAGUGGUUAUGACUUUGGUUAUCUAAUAAAGAUACUGACCAAUUCAAACCUGCCAGAGGUAGAGCUUGACUUCUUUGAAAUCCUGCGGCUUUUUUUCCCUGUGAUUUAUGAUGUCAAAUAUCUUAUGAAAAGCUGUAAAAACCUAAAGGGAGGGCUGCAAGAAGUGGCAGAACAGCUGGAACUGGAGCGGAUAGGACCUCAGCAUCAAGCUGGCUCGGACUCGCUACUGACUGGAAUGGCUUUCUUCAAAAUGAGAGAAAUGUUUUUUGAAGAUCACAUAGACGAUGCUAAAUACUGUGGCCAUCUAUAUGGUUUAGGAUCCGGCUCGUCUUAUGUACAGAAUGGGACAGGGAAUGCAUACGAAGAGGAAGCCAACAAGCAAUCGUAACAUCCAGAGGAACAAUAAGCACUUUUUUCAUUGCCAAGCUACUUUGUACAUGUUUUAUCUCCGGUUGAAUUGCUCGGACAUCCACAAUACUGCUUUUCGGCACUCACUGCCUUCAUCCAAACAUGGAAUUGUCUGGCCUUUACCUAAAUCUGUGUCACGGUAUUCUGUUUGCCUUACAUAACUCU